AUGGCCAAAGCACACAUCUCCCACGACUACUAUGCCGAUCUACAGCUUCCUCCCACCUGCAGUAACGACGACAUCAAGAAGCAGUACCGUAAACUCGCGCUGCGAUAUCAUCCCGACCGCAAUGGUGGAAACGAGGAGUCCACACUAAAGUUUCAGGCUAUUCAGACAGCUCGCGAGGUUUUGGGUGACCGUGUUACGGAAGAGAAAUACGAUGAGGACAGGCGGAAUGCUGGCCCAUACCCGAGCCAUAGCCCAAGCCAGCAGACGCAAGCACGAGGCAAUCCUCAGUAUGAGUACGAGCUCAAGAAGUGGUGGCUCAAGGAGAACGUGCCUCAAAAUCCUUGGCGAUAUCUUCUUGGCCACAACAUACGUAAACGAGGAUCGAGAAAGACAGAGGCCAAGCUCUAUAUCGUCCCAAUCCGAAUGAAUAGCAACAACGACGAGAACCAAAGGCGGGAGUGGUACCAUAAGAAUGAGCAUGAUCUCAGAAAAGCCACCCUGCCAUGGCGAUCAGCACCCGUUGAGCUCGCGCGCGCCAGCGAGUCAACGAUGAUCACUAUUGAGAACAACAUGCUAGCUCAAUUGCUCCAGAAUGAGCCCAUCCGCCGCACCUACGCCGCAGCACGCCUCUUGGUGAAGGGGACCGAGAGCAAGGCGGUAGAAAAAGACUCGAAGGAGGGUCUCGACUUCAAUGGACUACCAUCACCGUUACUCGCAGACACCUUGCUUGCACUGGAGUCAACCCCUGAUCAGCAAGAUGACAAUGUCCUUGAAAGCAGGCUACUUCAAGAUCAUACCACAAUAUUCGAGUCAUCCAGCCAUGAGACGUUGCAGGAAAGUCCGGAAUCACUGAGGGUAUUCGGCGAGAACACACAUCAGCAAAGUUCUCGCACAGUCAGUCAAGAGAACGAAGAGACAGCCUUUGGAACCGAAGGGCGCUCAGUUCAGCCCAGCUUGCGCGGCAUGGCAAAGAGCAUCGUCGAACUGAUUCCUCAGAGCAGCGACGUCCAAGUCACACCUUCUCUCGACAUGAUCUCAUCGAGCGGAUGGCAUAUGGCGACUCAGUCAAAUUCGGUGCGACAUCUUGCUCAAGUGGUUGUCUGGGCCGGUGCCCUGACAGCUCCUGCUUACGCAGAUGGUUACGUAGAUGGUUAUACUCAAUACUCCAAGGUCCACGUUCCUGGCUCUUCGAAUGCUGAAGUUGAUCCCACCAACGGCCUGGGUAAGCUUCUCCUGUGGACUAUUGGUAUUGGGAUUAUCCCUUUCGCCAUUAGCCAGUACGUUCAGAGAGUCGCACAAACGUCUGCUCCGGACCUGCAGGGAGACAGAUCUCAAGUGGUACUAGCAGGCGCACCAAGUCAUAUGAGACCUUCUAUCGUCCCUACUGAGGCAGAAGUGUACGCUGCGGGAUGGCAUAAGCCGACUUGGCCGGAAUCCUUUCUGUCGAGUACGAUUCACCGUAUGCUCAAGCACAUGCGACCGCGGCCGUACCAGGGCUACAAGCGUCUGGAAUGGCGUUGUAGCUGCGGGCAAGUCAUGUAUGGAGAUUACCUCGGCGGACAGGACGUCACUGCUUUCGAACGUACCCUUGGAGAUGCAUACUCAGGCCAUGAUUCUACGACGGCGCAAGAUCGACCGUCGCUUGCGCCUCUCAUGGGCGAGCGCAGGAGGCUGGCAGUACUUGGUGUCAUCGAUACGAAUCGCAGAGCAUGGCCUUGCAUAGAGGUGAUGGGGUGCAUGGUCAUGUACCUACGGCCAUUGUAUUGGCUCAGGCUGACGCAUCACCGAGAGGUUGCACCAGCCGUGACCACGGUUGCCCUUCUGCUCAGCAUCAGGCCUCAUCUACGCGGAGACAAUUACUACUACUCGGUCAUCCGAAACCAGGUGCCGCAAAAGCUCCUAUGA